GUUAGAAAGAGAGUGAGACAGUGAAAAGGAUUUGACAAGGAAAGCCAUACUGAAAGAAACAACGAGAGACCGGUAAAUCGGGAAACAAAGAUGGUGAUAGAGAAAUAGACAAAUAACGAGGGGAAUACGAAAGCAGCAGAGAAAAAUUCGAAAGGAAAGCUGUCCGGGAGGGGUGGAGAUGUGUUGAAGUGUGUUCUUGUGUAUAUAUAUGGUGCAGUGCGGUGCUGUGCUCGAGAGAGAGAAUGGCGUGGUCGGAUUUCGCGUGCACCUCGCCGUGACGUGGAAAGUCGGCACUGAAAGAGUUGGGCGCUAAGCUGAGGAAUGGAGGGAACGUGGCAGUGGGAGCAGCGAAAGCACUGCCAUAUCAUUCUGCUCAACCCUUUGUCGUACGUAAAGGAGAACCCGGAACAGGCUGCAGAUGAACGAAAGCGGCUGGAAGGUAGUCUCUGCAAGGAAGAAGACACCCUGAAGAAGAGGAGUCGCGUGCCGGGUCUGUAGCGCUCGGUAAAGAGAGNAGGGGCCCCCCCGAGCAUCAUCAGAAAGGAGAAGGGGUCGUCAUGGACCCGGCACACCAAAUCGUACCCCACUGAGCGAUGCAAGUAGUUAGGGCCGGGGCCCUGCUAGUGAGCAUGUGGCUCACUAGAGAAUGAAGAAGCAAAACGUCCGGACCCUAUCGUUGAUCGUCUUCACGUUCACCUACCUCCUCGUCGGCGCUGCAAUCUUCGACGUUCUCGAGUCCGAGACGGAGAAACGACGCAAGGAAGCAUUGGACGCCAUUGAAAAAAUGGUUAUACGCAAGUACAAUAUAAGCGAGGACGACUUCAAGAUCAUGGAAACAGUGGUGCUGAAGACGGAACCUCAUAAAGCAGGUCAACAGUGGAAAUUUGCCGGAGCGUUUUAUUAUGCGAUCACGGUCCUCACCACUAUUGGUUACGGACAUUCGACGCCGAACACCAUAAGCGGUAAGCUGUUCACGAUGUUCUACGCAAUCGUUGGUAUCCCGUUAGGGCUCGUAAUGUUCCAGAGCAUAGGAGAGCGUUUGAAUAAAUUCUCGUCCGUCGUUAUACGGAACGUAAAGAAGCUACUUAACUGUAAGGAUGUCCAGGCCUCAGAAAUAAAUCUCAUCUGCGUGGUGACGACCUUAUCUUGCUUAACGAUUGCGGGAGGUGCCGCUGCGUUCUCUCGAUACGAAGGGUGGUCGUAUUUCGACUCCAUCUAUUAUUGUUUCAUCACCCUGACCACCAUUGGUUUCGGCGAUAUGGUCGCGCUGCAAAAGGAUAACGCGCUAAACAACAAGCCGGAAUACGUGAUGUUCGCCCUGAUAUUCAUUUUAUUCGGCUUGGCCAUAGUCGCCGCCUCCCUCAAUUUAUUAGUGCUGAGAUUUGUCACAAUGAAUACGGAGGACGAAAGGCGAGACGAGGCUGAGGCUCUACAGGCUGCGCAAGGAGCGGUGCGCCUGGAGGGCGACGUAAUAACGGCGAACGGCUCGAUACUGUCGGGCCAAGUAGGGAACCACGGUGACACGAUAUCGCUGGACGACGAGACGUCGGUCUGCAGCUGCUGCUGCAGCGGAUUCCAGAAGAAACGACGGAGACCACGGUUCACCGUACGUCGCUCGCCCGGUAAGAUAUCGCACCUGCUGCCGAUGCAGCAGCUGCCCACGUUGAAUGUGCGCAGUGAACUACGCCCGCCGCCGUUGACGCCGUUGCUGCAACUGCCUCCGUUGCAUCAACACCGUGCAAGUAUCUGACGACCGUCGACCGGUGUCAGUAGUACGUUUUCGCAACAACAACUGCCGCGACGGGUGUCCGUUUGAGAGGCUCUUCCCCUCCCCCUGAGGAACAAGAAGGAUGGACAGAUAUCGCGGGAGGACGUGGAUAGGGAGGAGAGUGAGAGAAGAGAAUCUUUCUUCGACCCGCUUCAACGAAUUUCAAUCCUCAAGGGAUCGCUAUCGCACCUAUCGCCUAUCGAUUCUCACGAUAACAGUAACCGUACCACAAUAUCGUUGACGUUUGAAAAUCUGUUUUUUUCCCUUUUUUUGAUUUUUUUUAUUCGUGUAUCGGGUUUCGUGUUUGUUUGAAGAAAGUUUGAAGGAAAGAUACGUGUGUUAUGUUUUUUUUUUUUUUUUUUGUAGAUUGUAUCGUUUAAAGAAGAUGGAGGAUUUUUUUUCGCGUUAUAUGAUUAAUUAUGAUCAUUGCGACACGGUUAUUGCGAGAUUAAUCGCAGGAGUGACGAGAUUCUAAUCGAUUUUAUUUAUCAAUAAAAACUUGAGAUUUCAUCAAGUCAUUUUUUUUCCUCCCCCAUCAAAAUUUGAAAAACUUGAAUUUUAAACGAAUAGAGAAAAUUGAUAGAAAGAAAAUAAUCGUAAGAUAACAAAUAAGUAUAUGUUCCAAAGAGGACGGAAUCCAAGUGCUUCCUAUAUUAUGCUCUUCUAGUUCUUUUUGAAA